AUGAGGAGGAAGAUCCCGUUAUUCCCCCAGUGCGGGGAGGAUGAGGAAGGCAGAAAUCCCGGGAUUCGCCCUGGGAGGAAGAGGAAGAGGAGGAGGAGGAGGAGGAGGAGGAAGGGUGGGGUCUCCGGGGCUUUCCCCGGUCCUGCGGGCGGGGCCGGUUCCGAGCCGCUCCCCGGCAGCUCCGGAGCUCCUCCCGCGGGCGGCGGCGCCGGCAGCGCGGGGAUGGCGAGCUCCGGCUGCCGGUGGCUACCGUGGCCGGCCCUGUGGCUACCGUGGCCGGCCCUGUGGCUACCGUGGCCGGCCCUGUGGCUACCUUCGGCCGCCGCCUUCAACCUGGACGGGAGCAGCCCGGUGCUGAAGGACGGCGAGCGCGGGAGCCUUUUUGGGGUGUCCGUGGCGCUGCACCGGCAGCUGAACCCCGAACCCGCGGGGUGGCUGCUGGUGGGAGCCCCCCAAGCGCUGGCCCUGCCCGGCCAAGGUGCCAACCGCACCGGGGGUCUGUUCGCCUGCCCGCUGAGCCCCGAGCUCUCCGACUGCUGGAGGGUCCCCAUCGAUGAGGGAGUGGACCCAGAGCGGGAGAGCAAAGAGAACCAGUGGCUGGGAGUCAGCGUCAAGAGCCAAGGGCCCGGAGGCAAGAUCGUGACCUGCGCCCACCGGUACGAGGUGCGGCACCGGGUGCGGCAGCCGCUGGAGACGCGGGACGUGAUCGGGCGCUGCUUCGUGCUGAGCCAGGACCUGCGUGUGCGGGACGAGCUGGAUGGUGGCGAGUGGAAGUUCUGCGAGGGGCGACCGCAGGGCCACGAACGUUUCGGGACCUGCCAGCAGGGCCUGGCGGCCGCCUUCAGCCCCGACCGCCGCUACGUGCUGCUCGGGGCUCCCGGCACCUACAACUGGAAGGGGACCCUGCGAGUGGAGCAGCUCAACCAGAGCUCCCUGGACCUGCUGCGCCUCGACGCCGGCCCCUUCGAGGCUGGGGGCGAGAAGGACCAGGACCCCUCACUCAUCCCCGUGCCCGCCAACAGCUACUUCGGGUUCUCGGUGGACUCCGGGGCGGGGCUGACGCGGCCACAGCAGCUGAGUUUUGUCACCGGCGCCCCCCGCGCCAACCACACGGGUGCCGUUGUCAUCCUGCGUCGCGACAGCGCCAAUCGCCUGGUGGCCGAGGCCGUGCUGGCCGGCCACCAACUGACCUCGGCCUUCGGCCACGCUCUGGCCGUCCUGGACCUCAACAGUGACGGCUGGAUGGACCUGGCCGUGGGGGCCCCCCACUUUUUCGAGCGGCAGGAGGAGAUCGGGGGGGCCGUGUACGUUUACAUCAACCCGGGGGGGCUGUGGGACAGCGCGACCCCCCUGCGCCUGAACGGCUCCCGAGGAUCCAACUUCGGGGCAGCGCUGAGCUCCGCCGGGGACCUCAACCACGAUGGGUUCGAGGACCUGGCCGUGGGGGCUCCUUUCGACGGCGCGGGCAAAGUUUUCAUUUACCACGGCAGCGCCCUGGGCAUCGUCACCAGCCCCGCACAGGUCCUGGACGGGGAGGCCGUGGGGGUCUCGGCCUUUGGGUACUCGCUCUCGGGGGGCCUGGACGUGGAUGGGAACCUGUACCCCGACCUGCUCGUGGGGUCCCUGUCGGACACCGUGGUGCUCUACAGGGCUCGGCCGGUGGUUCACGUAUCCCGGAACGUGUCGCUGCUGCCGCCCCACAUCGACCUGGAGCAGAGCAACUGUCGCGACCAGGAGGGCGUCUGCGUGGAGGUGCGAGCGUGUUUCAGCUACACGGCCAGCCCGGCCAGCUACAGCCCGCGGCUCGAGCUGCAGUUCGUGCUGGACGCGGACUCGGAGCGGCGGCGCCGAGCUCAGGUGCCCCGGGUCUCCUUCCUGGGCCGGGGUCCCGCGGACCCCGAACACCAAAUCUCGGGGUCCCUGGAGCUGCCCCGGCAGCGGGAGCGCCGCUGCGUCACCGCCACCUUCCGGCUGCACGACGACAUCCGGGACAAGCUGCGUCCUGUCCCUGUCACCCUCGCCUACGCCAUCGGGGGAACCCGGGGGUGGCACCGGGGGGGGCGGGGGACAUCCCUGCCCCCUCUGUCCCCCGCGCUCAGCCCGCGCCAGCCCAGCACGCACCGCGUCGAGGUGCAUUUCCUGCGCCAGGGCUGCGGCGAUGACAAAAUCUGCCAGAGCCACCUGGAGCUGCGGCCGCGCUUCUGCGCCCGCCUGGGGGACAGCGACUUCCUGCCCCUGCCCAGGGACGAGGAUGGCACUGCCAUCUUCGCCGUGAGUGACCAGAAGGACGUGGCCCUGGAGGUGCUGGUGACCAACGAGCCCUCGGACCCUUCGGACCCGCAGAGGGACGGGGACGAUGCCCACCAGGCCCUGCUGGUGGCCACCUUCCCCCCGGAGCUGCCCUACGCCGCCCUGCGCCCCGACGACCCCCAGGACAAGGUGCUGUGCUUGGCCAACCAGAACGGCUCCAGGGUGGAGUGCGACCUGGGGAACCCCCUCAAACGCGGGGCCCAGGUGCGGUUCUUCCUCAUCCUCAGCACCUCGGGCAUCUCCAUCCACACCACGGACCUGGCGGUGGAGCUGGAGCUGUCCACGACCAGCGAGCAGCCGGGGCUGGGGCCGGUGGUCGCCCGAGCCCGCGUGGUCAUCGAGCUGCCCCUGGCCGUGACCGGCGUGGCCGUGCCACCCCGGCUCUUUUUUGGGGGGCAGGUGAGGGGGGAGAGCGCGGUGAAGAGGGAGAGCCAGGUGGGCAGCGCUGUCCUCUUCGAGGUGACGGUGUCCCAGCGGGGUCCGGUGCUGAAGACCCCCGGCUCGGCCGCGCUGACCGUGCAGUGGCCGCUGGAGCUGCCCAGCGGGAAGUGGCUCCUGUACCCCCUGAGCCUGGAGCUGGGGACCCCCCCCCUGCCCUGCAGCCCCCCCGCCAACCCCCUGCGCCUCAGCCUGGAGCCGCCGGACCGGGAGGACCCCCCCGAGGAGCCCCCGGCCCGCUCCUGGUGGGUGCCCGCGGCGAGGAAGAGGAGGAACGUGACCCUGGACUGUGCCCGGGGCACCGCUCGCUGUCUCCCGUUCCGGUGCCCGCUGCCGUCCCUGGAGCGCUCGGAGCUGCGGGCGCGGGGCCGCAUCUGGAACGGGACCUUCCUGGAGGAGUUCCUGGACGUGGAGAACCUGGAGCUGAUCGUGCGCGCCGGGGUCUCGGUCACCUCCCCCCGAGGCAAUGUCGUCAUCAAGGACGCGGAGGUGCAGCUGUCGCUGUCCCUGCACCUGGACCCGGGCGUGGCCGUCACCGCUGUCCCCUGGUGGGUUUUGCCGCUGGCCGCGCUCCUGGGGCUGCUGCUGCUGGCGCUGCUCGUGCUGGGGCUCUGGAAGCUGGGGUUCUUCCGGAGGGCGCGGGCGCCGCCGCCGGCCGUGCCGCGGUUCCGGGCCGUGCGCAUCCCGCGGGAGCAGCGGCCGCAGGCGCGCGAGGGCCGCACCGGGACCAUCCAGCGCAGGGAGUGGGCGGCCACCCCCGGACACGGCCCCGGCCACGGGGACGGCGACGGGGAUGGGCCCCGGAGCCCGGGGAGCGCCUGA